UUGUACUUGUAGCUUCCCAGCCAGGCUAGCAGGGACACCAUGACAGACAGCCGUUGUCCUGGAAAUCCCAAGGCUGUCCCACCUGUGCCCACCAUCUCCGCAUGCUCCAAUGGUGGCAGCAUUAGAAAUGCUAUCCGUUUGCCCAGUUCCUGCCAGAGCAGGACAUGGCAACUGGUUACACAUCAAGAAAACUGCAAACCAUCCAACAGUGCCCCAGAUACCUCUCAACCUGUUUCUUGUCCAUCAACCUGUUUUCCAGACACUUCCUGUGUGGGUUUUGUUUGCCAACCCAUAGGUUCACACACAGCCUGCUGUGCACCUGACACCGGUGGGCCUCCUCAUCCAGCUGCCUCCUGCCAGCCCUCCUGUGUGGAAUCUGCUGGUUGUCACACGACGACGACAUGCUGUGAUAAUAGCCCCUGCCACCAGAGCUCCAGCCAGGAACCUGUCUGCACAUCAGGGUCAUGCGAAGCAUCAUGUGGCCCAUCCACCUACUGUGAUGAUGGAUCCUGCCAGCCAUCCUGCUCUGAAGCAACUUCUUGUGGUGAGACCCUGUGCCUACCAGUCAGCUGUGAGGCUGGUCCAUGCCAACCAACUUGCUGCCAAGGAGGGUCACAUCAACCCAUCAAAGGUGAAGGUCAGCUCUGUGAGUCAGUUUAUUACCAACCUAUCUGCUAUAUUCUCAAGCCCUGCCAAUCAGCUCCCUGCAUGCCUGUCUCCUGCCAGCCAUUAACUUGUGUGUUCAGUUCUUGCACUCAAACUUGUUGUGUGCCCGCCUCUUGCCAGCCACUUCACUGUCAACCAGCACCUCCAGGCUCCUGCAUCUGUCAGCCGGUGGUUACCUGCCAGUACCCCUGUUGUGCAAAGGGCAGUGGUAAAUCAACUUCAUGUGUUAUGGUUUCUAGCAGACUGACUUGCGGUGGACCUGCUUCCAAUCAGAGCAGCUGCCAAUCUGGACCCGCUUCCAAUCAGAGCGGCUGCCAAUCUCCUUCUUGCCCGCCCCCUUGCUGUGUGACUGGUUUAGGCAAAACUUCCAGCAAUGGCCCCGGUUGCUGUCCACCAACUUCUCCAAAUGUGUGCCAAGCAGGCACCUGCGAGCCCGCUUCCUGACAACGUAGCUGUGAGUCCAGCCUCCCUGAGGCUCAUCUUCACAAUGGAAUACUUCAUAGCUCUUCUGAGGAUGUGCUACAUACAGUCCACAACCGUGGAGCCAUUCUGUGGGUGUCUGCCUCCAGCCCUGUACAGACGCUGCCCUCCCUGGCUUUCCCGGAGUUCCGACCCACGUUCUCUCUCAGUGCUGGGGAGAGAAUGCAUCAGCUCUGAGGAGAUCAUACCCCAGGAUGACAUGUCAGCAGGCAUGAUCUUCUCAACAGCACUCAUUUCCCGAUGUCAGUUCAUUUCACGUCAGCAAAGUCUUCUCUCCAAUUCUCCUUCCUUUUGAUUUUGCCUGGUC